UCAUGGGCACUGUUCAAGCGUAUAUUUUAGAGGGUCUUCCUCAUGUCGAUUGUUUGUCUGUGUUUCUAAAAUGGGCAUUUAAUGAAGGGCAAGAGAAACAACAUCCAAACCUUGUAAAAAUUGGGGACGACAUUGUAAAGAAGUGUAAUGGAGUUCCUUUGGCGGCAAGGACUUUGGGGAGCCUACUUUUCUCAAAAUUUGAGCAAAGGGAUUGGUUAUAUGUGAGAGAUAAUGACAUAUGGAAAUUAGAACAAAAGGAAGGUGAUAUUUUACCUGCUUUAAGGUUGAGUUAUGAACAAUUGCCCUCUUACUUAAAAUGUUGCUUUGCAUACUGCUCAAUUUUUCCCAAGGGUCGUGUGCUUUAUAAUGAAGACUUGGUUUACAUGUGGAGCGCACAAGGGCUCAUUGAACCAUCCAAAAAGAAGCAAGAGUUGGACAACAUCGGAGACAUCGGAAACAGAUAUAUUAAAGAAUUGUUAUCGAGAUCCUUCUUUCAAGACUUUGAAGAUUAUCAUUUUUAUUUUACAUUUAAAAUGCAUGAUCUGAUGCAUGAUCUUGCAUCACUCAUAUCACAACCUGAGUGCACUGUCAUAGAUCGUGUAAACCCUACCGUCUCUGAAGUGGUUCGCCAUGUGUCAUUUAGUUAUGAUUUGAAUGAGAAAGAAAUCUUAAGAGUUGUUGAUGAGCUUAACAACAUUCGUACAAUUUAUUUCCCCUUUGUGUUGGAGACAUCACGUGGUGAACCAUUUCUUAAAGCUUGCAUCUCAAAGUUCAAAUGCAUUAAGAUGCUAGAUUUAGGGGGUUCGAACUUUGACACAUUGCCAAAUUCUAUCAGUAAUCUAAAGCAUCUCAGAUUUCUCAACCUCGGUAACAAUAAGAGGAUAAAGAAACUUCCAAAUUCAGUAUGCAAGUUAUUUCAUCUGCAAUCGUUGUGGCUUUCCAGAUGUGAGGGAUUCAAGAAUCUGCCCAAGGAGUUUGGGAACCUCAUCAGUUUGAGGCAUUUAAUCAUCACCACGAAACAGAGGGCUUUGACAGGGAUAGGACGCUUGGAAUCUCUUCGUAUUUUAAGGAUUUUCAAAUGUGAAAAUCUAGAAUUUCUGCUUCAAGGGACGCAAAGUCUCACUGCCCUUCGGUCAUUGUGUAUUGCAAGUUGUAGGAGUUUGGAGACUUUGGCACCUAGCAUGAAACAACUGCCCUUGUUAGAGCAUCUCGUGAUUUUCGAUUGCGAAAGGCUCAAUUCACUGGAUGGAAAUGGGGAAGACCACGUUCCAGGGCUCGGGAAUCUACGGUAUUUGCUGCUUUUAAAUUUACCAAAGUUGGAGGCAUUGCCAGUGUGCAGCCUCACAUCCCUUGACAGACUUGAGAUUGAAGAAUGCCCUCAAUUGACUGAAAGAUGCAAGAAAACAACAGGGGAGGAUUGGCAUAAAAUCUCUCAUGUCUCAAAGAUAUAUAUUGAUGGCGUCAAAACACCAGAAAAUUAAGCAAGGAGAUCCACUCAGAGUGAUGAUGAAGCCUAAGAUGGAUUUGAGCAAGACACAUUCUUUUUUCCUUUUUUUCUUUUUGCCUUUCAAGUAAAAGCAGUUUAUUCAUUUAUGUAAUUUCAUCAAUUGGGGGAGUGUUAUUGAACAGAAGUCUGGACUCUAUUUAUUUUCCGUAAAUAUAAAGGUUAAGCCACUUCUCUUCAA